AACUGGAUACCGGUUCGUUUGAGAAACCGAGGCCUUUCGGGUUUUGGAUUUUUCCGGAGCGCGGAGGACCAGGGCUGGGUUGAGCCUACUCCUGGCCGUGACCUGGGAGACCGUAUUUACUUGUUCAAUGCUGCUGUGUACCGGGCGCGGAGGAUGCCUGUCAUUUGCAAAAGAAGCUGCAUAUUGGAAUGGGAUUUGGAGUCAUCUUAAUGGAAGCAAAAAAUAUGAAGGAAAACCAGUUAUUUUUAUACCAGCAUAUUGCACCUGGCCAGUAGUUGCAAAUGGUUUUCUUUACCCAAGAAAAUUUGUGAUGUAAAUGAGGAUACCUUUUUCUAGACUCAGUGUUUACAAAUAUGUUUCGCCUAAGAGCUAUUUGUCCAUUCUCUUGGAGAGUGUUUCAUUUUCGACCCUUCAGUUGUGAAACAUUAAUUAGGCAAAUGGAUAAAUGUACAGAUGAAGAGCAAGUAUUUGAUCUUAUUGAAAAAAACAAAGCCAUAUUUUCAGAAAAGCAAGUGGGAUAUGCAUUUAAUAUACUUUGGCAGUUUCAAAAGCAGAAGACCAGCUUGUUUAAAAGUGUUGAAUGUAUCAGAGACCAUCCUCAAUUUCUUACUCUUUAUAAUUUAACUACAAAUAAAAUGGAAUUCAUGAAUGAUGAUAACCUGGUAAAUGUGUUGUACAUCACACAACAUUUUGCUGUUGAGGCCCAUGACCCCCUAGUUGAAGCACUAGUUACAGAAGCUUGGAGAAGACUGGAAAGGUUUGAUAUUAAUGUGCUGUCAAAAUUUUCCUCUUGCCUAGCAGAUCAACACUUAAAUUUUAGUCCAUUAAUGGGAAAAAUAGCUGAUAUUGUAAAUAGGAAAUUGGAAACCAUUCAAGACUUAAGGUCCUUGUCUGUUUUGAUGGUCAGCAUAUCAUCUUUAAUAUCACAACGCUUUCAAGAUCAAUUAGUGAACAAAACAGAACUUCUUUUUGACACCAUAGAUUCUUCCCAGGUCAACAUUGCAAGAAGAAUAGUACAGUUUCUUCGAAAUAUUAAAUAUAGUUAUUACCCACUAUUAGAAAGGUGUAAUAAAGUGUUUUUAAGCCAUGUAAACCAUCUUGAUUUGGAGUCCAUCAGUAAAAUACUUAGUCUGUACCACUUUCUACAGUUUCAUAGUUUUGAAUUUGUUUUAAUGGCUAAAAAGAGGUUAACUGAAAUGAUUCCUCAGUUUGAUCACCCUGCUAGCUUUGUAAAAUUGUUUGUUGCAUUGGGACCCAUGGCAGGACCUGAAGAAAAGAAACAGCUUGAAUCAACUAUAUUAUUAAUGUCAGAGGAGCUGACCAGCCAGCAAGCCCUGGCAGUGAUGGGAGCAAUGGAAGAAAUGGAAAGCAGAAAUUCGCGUCUGAUUAAAAAAAUUGCUUCAAUUCUGCAUAAACACUUAGAUGACUAUAAACCAGUAGAGUUAUUGAAGAUAACCAAAGCAUUGAUAUUUUUACAUUUCCAAAGUAAAGAGCUUUUUGUGAAACUCAAAGAAUUACUGCAUAGUUAUUUGAAAAUUAGUGUCAAACCUAGUGAGAUUUCCAGCCUGGUGUGCGCUAUUUCCAUGCUUCCAUCUCCUCACCUAGAUGAAGUGGGGAUAUCUCGAAUUGAAGCAGUUUUGCCACAGUGUGACCUAAAUGACCUGAAUGGUUUUGCCACAUCUAUUUUAAGAUGGAUUCAGUAUGAUUGCAUGCAUCUGGAUAGUACUGGAAAACAGCUGAAACUGCUUCAAAAAUUAGAUCACUAUGGUCAUCAGAGUCUACAAAAAUGCAACAAUUUGAAUCUGUUAUGGGAAGAACUUAAGUCUUUAAAAGGAGACUGGUUUGCCCAGUCACUUCUUGAAGAAACGAUUGCUACUUUACAACGUUUGGUGGAUGAAAUUAAUUACAUGAAUGUUGCAGGAAUUGCGUCUUUUAUUUCCAGAACUAACUACCUCAGUACUUUGCUACUUGAUAGGAUAGCCUCAGUGGUCCUUCAGCAGAUUGAAAAGAUCCAUCCUUUCUCAGUCCUUGCUAUUAUUCUUCCAUUCAGCAUCUUGAACUAUGAUCCACCUCAGAGGAAUGAAUUUUUCGGAACUUGUAUCCAACACCUUAAUUCUUACUUAACUUUGUUAGAUCCUCUCAUGUUAGUGUUUCUUGGUUUCUCUUUGGCCACACUUGAAUAUUUUCCAGAGGAUCUGCUAAAGACAAUUUUUAACAUCAAAUUCUUAGACAGAUUGGAUUCUCAACUUGAACUUUUAUGUUCAUCUCUGAAUAGAAGGGUCCAAUUUCGUCUUAUGGAAUUAAAUAGAGCAGUCUGCUUGGAAUGCCCUGAGUAUCAGAUUCCAUGGUUCCACGACCGCUUCUGUCAACAUUAUAAUAAAGAUAUUGGCAGCAUGAAUGGAGCACAACAACAGAUUUCUAAAAUGUUAGCAGAGAUAUUAGGAGGGAUCAAUUGCGUAAAAGCCUCGGUUCUUACACCUUAUUACCACAUGAUAGAUUUUGAGUGCAUCUUGGAUAAAAGAAAAAAACCUCUUCCUUAUGGAAGCCAUAAUAUAACUUUGGGAAAACUGCCAGAAAUGCACUGGGAAUCAAAUACCCAAAUAGUCGGAUCAAGGCUGCCACCAGGAGCUGAAAGAAUUGCUUUGGAAUUUUUGGAUUUAAGAGCUUUUUGUACAAACAUCCCUCACUUAAAAGGAAAAUCUGCUAUGAAAAAACGACAUUUGGAAAUUUUGGGUUAUCGUGUAAUUCAGAUCCCUCAUUUUGAAUGGAACUCGAUGGCACUGUCGACAAAGGAUGCUCGGAUGGACUACCUGAGAGAACGUAUAUUUGGAGAAGGCAAAUCAUGAUUGUAGUUUUUAUUUAAAAUUAAUUAUCAUGGUGUGUCACCUAUGAAUUUGUUUUAAUUAAGUGGCCCAACUGAGGUAAAAAAUAAUAGUAUAGAAUUGACUAAUUUUAAGGUCAAUCGAAUCCUUAUUAAAAUAAGCAGACAUUUUACAAUGGAAUACUUUCUGUACUAUCUGGUUGGGAAAUUAUUUAAAAUUCUUAGUAUAAAAGACGUGUAGCUUUUAAGAAAUUUAAAUAGUUUACAAUUCAUCUUUGAGUAUAUACUAUGUUCCAGGAACUAUUUUAGAUGCAGGGAAUAUAGCAGUGAAUACAGUAUAUCUUCCACAGGUGAAGUCAAACAAAGUAAAUGAAUAAAAUAUACUUUAGAUGAUACUGAGUGUUAUGGAGAAAAAUUCAGAGGAGGGGAUAGGAAUAUUGUGGGCGGGUGUAAUUUUAAAUAGGGUGAUCUGAGACUUACUGAGGUUAUCACUGAAGUACACUUUAAGGAGGUGGGGUUAUCUGGGGGUAGAGAACUCCAGGCAGAAGGAUGAGUAGCUGCCAAGAUCCUGAGGUGGGAAUAUGCCUGGCAUGUUUAAAAAUAACAAGGAAUCUACUGUGGUUAGAGCAGAACAAAUACGAGGUGGGGUUGGAAGUAUAAUAGAAAAGGUAGAUAACAGAAGCAGAUAUAUACGAUCAGAUAUAUAUGGCUAUGCUGAGUAAAAUGAGAGGCCAUUGGAAAGUUUCUAGCAAAGAAAUAAAGAACUCACAUUGUUAACUGGAUCACUUUGGCUACUCUGUUGAGGUGGAAAAAGACUGCAGUGGGGUAAGUAUGUAAGUAGGGAAAUCCAUUAGAAGGUCAUUGCACUAAUCCAGACAAGAAAUGGAUGGUGGCUUGGAGAGAGUAAUGGCAGUGGAGGUAAUAAGUGGUCAGAUUUUUUGAUGUAUUUUGAAAGCAGAGGCAACAGAAUUUGCUCAUUGAUUGGAUAUGAGAUAUGAGAGAAAGAGGUUAAGGAUAAUUCUGUGUUUUUCUCCUGAGCAACUGAAAUGAUGUCAUUGCUAGUGACUGAGAUGGGGAAGUCCAUGGAAAGAGGAUGGCAGGCGGGAGUGGGAGUGAGUGAUGAUCAUAAGUUUGGUUUUAGAUAUGUUGAGUUUGUGAUGCCUUUUAAAAUAUCUAAGUGGAGAUAUCAAAUAGGCACUUCAGUAAAUGAGUUUGGAGGUCAGGAGAGAGAUCUAGAUAUACACUUGGAAGUUGCUGGCAGUAUUUGAUGAACAAGGCUAGAUGAAGACACAAAAAUGUGAUUAGACAAAAGUGAAUGGAGAGUGCCAGGUGCUCCUACACGAAGAGGUCAGGAAGAAGAAGAGGGUCAAGAAGAAGCAAAGGAGACUGGGCAGGAUUGCCAAGAGGUAGGAGGAAAAGUCAAAGGUAGUAAUACUUCCUAGCAACCUAGUAGAACAUUUCAAGGAAGAGGAAUUGAGCAGUUAUAUCAGAUGGUGCUGAUAGGUCAGUAAGAUGAGGACAGGGAAAUGUCCAUUAAAUUUAGCAACAUGAAAAUCACUGGUUAACUGAAGAGUAGUUUUGGUGAAGUGGUGGGUCUGAAAGCCUGACUGAUUCAAGUGAAAGUAAGAGGAGACAAGAUUUUCUUAUAAAUGGAAGCAAAGAAACAGGGAGAUAGCUGAGGGGGUAGUGGACCCAUCUUGACCUUGUCUGAUCUUACACAUUUAUUCAAUAAAAUAGUUGCUGAGGGCCCACUGUGUGAUACACACACACACACACACACACACACACGCACGCACACGCACACACACACACACACACACACGUACAUACAUACAUACAAUCAUACAAUCCCUAGCCCUUCUUCUAAGAGGGAUAUAUUUGUGCUCAGCUGGUGUUAGCUGGUGGGGCUGCAGGUAAUUGGCCAUCUGAAAUUUGCUAUCUUUGGACUCCAUGACCCUCUAAAUUCAUUCUGUCCCAAAAUAAGUUGGUAGCUACAGUGCCUUGAAUUUUAAAAAUAGCUUUAAAACGUGUGUCCUACAUGUAAUUUGCUCCAUUGAUAUUUAGUUUAGGCUAAAAGUGUUUGUUUAAAAUAUCCAAUUAUUUUGCAUGACUUGAGUUCUAAUACUUAAUGAUUUUUUAAAAUGUGAAUUUAAAAGAGCCUUUUGUGAAAAAUAAUCAGAACAGUAAGCAAAUGAAAGGUAUUUUUCUUUUUGUAAUUUUAAAUUUAAUUAAUUAAUUGAUUAAUUUAUUUAUUUUAUGGUGACAUUGGUUAACAAAAUCCAAUAAGAAAGGGUCUCUUCUUACCCAGUCUCCCUAAUUCUGAAUAUCCUCAUGACAUUCAUUUGUAUUAGCUGGUAUGCUAAAUGCUAAGUGUUUAUUUUGCAUUUUUAUGAAUGUGUCCUAUUUUCCAAGCUAGUGAUUACCAGAACUAAACCCCUGAACAGAUUAAAAUAUUUUACUAUGCGGUUUUUAGAAUAAAAUGAUUCGACUAA